AUGGCAUCCUCAAACUCAACAGACAUUCCGCAACUGUCUGAUAAUGACAUCAAGUUGGUGUACGAUGUUAACAACGAAUACCUUAACCAGCUCGUCGUUCUCGCACUUAUGCACGGUAUACUGUUUCUCGGCGAUGUUUUGAGAUCGUUGUCUGAUCUUCGAAAUAGGACUAUAUACCUGCGUAUUAUUGGUGACCUUAUGGAGUAUAUAUAUCUAGGUACCAGCAAGGUAUUGGCUUGCGCUGCAACCCGAAAAUUCAUGCUUCUCAUGGUCAUGGUAUUAUACGUACUCGCCACGGUGUACAUGGGCGUUCUGUGGUCAUUCACUCGAUACGCAUUCAUUGAUGACGGCCAGACAUUUUGGUCCAUAUUCGUUGGACUGCAGUCCGUAACUGACCGUGCGGUGACUUUCCGACUAGUUGGGGGUAUUACUAAGUGCACUAGUACUGUCAUUGCCGACUCUUCCAUGAUAUGGCGCUGUUGGAUCGUCUGGGGGCGUCGAUGCUGGAUAAUAUUGCUACCAAUACUAUGCACGAUCUCCGGGACUGUAUUUGACGCGAUUUCUGUUUAUCACCUCGUUGCCGAUACGACCGAAGACGAAAGCGACUCGGGCUCAUCUGCGUAUGCGAUCAGGAUUGACUGGACAAUGCUUUCCCUGUCCUUCACCCUUGCUACGACCGUUUUAUGCACCAUACUUAUCAUUUAUCGAAUCGUCACAGUGGCAGACGGGAAACAUGGUUCAGGGUUGCCAUCAUACCGCGGGGUUGUUGAAGUCAUCGUGGAAUCGGCUGCACUUUAUUCGGCUUCCACGAUCGUCUAUAUGGCGUUCGUCGCCCGUAAUGAACUGACGGGAGCAUAUGCGAACGAGGUCAACACCGCCAUCAAGGGAAUCGCUCCUACGCUCAUCGUUGGACGCGUUGCUUCUGGCCAUGCUCGUCCUGAUGAUACGUGGAAGGAAAGUGUCUUAUCCUCGCUUCAUUUUGGUGCUUGGUCACGGGCCGCCAGAAACAGAGAGGCAACUCACACUGUCACAUUUGAGAAUUCGGUCAUGGACUUGGAGAAUGUGAACUCUUCGGAGAGGCCCCAAACUGGCGCUGAAAACGAACUUCCGAUUAAAGAACUAUCAUGA